AUGUACGAACUGCUACACGAACUGCGACACGAGCAUCUAAGGGGCAACCUCCUACUUAGGAAGGAAAACCAAAUUCUCAGAAACAAGUUAAAUUAUAUCCUGCUCAAUUUUGACUCCUUUAUUAAGGCACAUAUUACCCAAGUAGUUGCAGAACAGGAGUGGAUUUUUGCCCACCAUGAUGAAGAGGGGGAAUUAGCUCAGACGGGAAAAGGUCGUCCACCUGUUGCACUCCAUCCCGCGGUUCACAUGCUUGGGAAGGAUACCUCAGAGGGAGACAACUCCAUUGGGGGGGUACCCAAAAAGGAUGUUGACCAGACUGCUACGGGGAAAAACCACCAAGAUGGACGUGCCAAACUAGGACUCCACUUCGACUACGGACACGUCAGUGCCAAAAACGAAUAUUUCCGACAGCUACAAAAAUACGAACGGGAAGAUUACAAAAAAAUUAACAACGUUCUGAUAAACAUGUACCUGUGCAAUCCGUACAUAUGCUCCAAGAGCAAAGAAGCUGUCCUCUCCAGUGGUAGAUCUCCAAAAAAGGUAAUUAUUUUACCACAGGACACGUAUCGAAAUAUACACAAGUUGGUCGUUGCGGGAGAGAACAGCGACGGGCUGAAACUGCUGAGGCGUGUCCACAAUUCGGUGCACCUAUUCUUCAUCCGGGUGAAGUUUUUUUUCAGCAGACAGAGCAGCCAAAAGUGGUAA